AUGUCUGAUAAUCUAUCUAAAUCCUUUUCUAUCUGUCCUAUAUUUUAUACUGUUCUUUCUCGCUUCUUUCUAAUAUUUUUUUUUUCUUUCUCCCAUACAAUUUGUUCUUUUUUUCAUUUUCUUACAAAGAAAUUUAUUUUCUCUCUUAUUCUGCUGAUAUAUACACUUUCACAUUUUGAACUAAUUUUUUCUUUUUUUUCUUUCCCUGUCUCUUUUUUAAAUUCCUUUUGUCCCUCUUCUUACUCUACACAUAAUUUUUCUUCUAUCAAUUUUCUUAUUCCGUUCUUCUUACUUUUAUCUGUGGAUCCUUCUCUUCCAUACAUUUAUUCCCAGACAUUUUUUUCACUCCUUUUUCUUUGUUUCUUCUCUCCAACUAUUUUUUCUUUCUUUCUUUUUCUCAUUUAUAUAUUCAAAUAUUUAUUCUCUUUUAACUUCUCUCUCAACAUUCACUUUUGCUUUCUUUCAUCUCUUUCCCUCUCUCAAUGCCUUUCAUUUUCUUCUAUCACCUCUUUCCUGUCUUGUUCUCUUUCCCCCUCUGAUAUUCUUUUGCCUUCUUUCAUCGCUUUACUUUCUCUCUUUCCCUCUCUCAAUGUAUUUCAUUUUCUUCUAUCACCUCUUUCCUGUCUUGUUCUCUUUCCCCCUCUGAUAUUCUUUUGCCUUCUUUCAUUGCUUUACUUUCUCUCUUUCCCUCUCUCAAUGCCUUUCAUUUUCUUCUAUCACCUCUUUUCUGUCUUGUUCUCUUUCCCCCUCUGA